AGACUGCCAAUUGCCCUCUAAGACGUUGCAGAGGCGCCCCAUCCUGCAAAUCUCUUUAGAGCUCUUCCAGCAACUCCUUCAUUCCAAAUAACACGGGCAUCAUGGACAUGGACUAUAUGGAGCACUACCGCCAGCGCUAUGCCGCCAUGGCAGGCAUGCCGAUGCAGCUCUACGGCCAUCAACAACCGCAUCCGCAUCCGUCCUGGAACCAGUUGAUAGCUUACUACCAGCAUCAACAGAGGGCCGGCGCGCUGAUGGCCCAGGGGAACAUGCACCUCGCCAAGCCAACGGAACCAAAGCCGAGAUUAGCAAAGGACGAGGUGGAUCUGUUGGAGCGCGAAUUCGCAAAGAACCCCAAACCGAGCAGCAGUACCAAGCGAGAGCUCGCCGAUCGGAUGGGCGUCGAGGUGCCUAGGAUAAAUAACUGGUUCCAAAAUCGCCGGGCAAAGGAGAAGCAGAUGAGGAAAACUGCCGAGUUUGAGGCACAGCAGGCCAGAGAGCGAGCCGCUUCCGAGUCCAAGUCAUCUGAAGGGCGUGAUCAGGCCGUGGAAAGCGAAUUCUUUGAGCUGGACGACCAACACCAGCCCUCAAGUGUGUCCAGUGGGACGCUCGGAGAAGACGAUGAGGAGGCUAGGGCGGAAAGCGACAGUCCCGCGUCGUCGACUUCCGAAUCCGCUGAGCAGGAGGCCGCCAAAUCCAGCGAGACUCCAGAGACUGAUGCAGAUUGCUUUGUUCACGUAAAACGCGAGGCAUCGCCCUCGCCGGCCCAUGACACACAGGGGUUGACAGAGCUCGCCCCGCCAGCCACCAUCACUGGACAGUUUGGCCAACCCGAGACGAAGGAUGAAUUUGCACACGCCACGGCCUUUCCGUACCGAUCCACGGAUUCAACGACUGGGGACGGUUUUGGGUGCCCAAACUUUGACUCUCUCCAGGCACAUCAAAGCAUGGACAUGGGCGCUGCGAGUGCAUUCAGCACGUUUUCUGAGCAGCAUCACUAUACAACUCCUUCGGUCUCGCAAUUCGCAUCCGAGGACUUGGCGACGAGCGCAUCAAUACAGACAGAAGACUACCAUCACCUCCUACGGCAUCAUACCUCAGCGGACAGCCUAGCCAUGUCAGACAACGUCUCUUCCACUUCAAUGCCCGAAUCACCUUCAACGCUGUCGGAUCUGCGCUUCAAGUCACCACCACCACCUGCCGACAUUGCGGGCCGCAGGAAAAUGCGACGGCCGGCCCCGUUAGGACUCUCGUCCCUGAGGGGUGGUCCAGGGCCUAAGACGGGUAUUGAGGGGCAAAGACGAUUAGACGCGCCUAGCCCGAUGAGACGUAUCUCGUCAGCAUCGGGUAGUCUUUGUGGGCGUGUGCAAAAGACAUUUAUAGGUCCCUCCGGCCCUCGUUCGCCCUUCGCCAUAGACCGGACCAAAGAGGCGCUCCUCCAGAGUCUGCAGGGUGCCCAGGCCCCGAUGAUGACGUCGAUGAACAGUGCCACCGGCUCCGUGAGUCCGGAUGGAGGCCAUGGCCAUGGCCUAGGAGAGAAUACUUUCGGUGCGAAUUCUCCAGAGGAAGAACAUUGCUACCCUUAUGGCUCUCUGGGAUCGGUAGGCGGGCUGCCGCUGUACAACACUGAGGCGCCUGGGAGGACGUCGCCGGGCACUCCAGCUCUCCCACUGGCCUUCCAUGAACCGUUCUUUCCAACCUCGGUCGAUCAUUCCUGGAACUUCGUGCCACAAGACGAGCCAUUACCGACGCCCAGCCUUUGCAGCCACGGCGGUUCCGAACUGGAGUUCUCGAUGGCAUCGCAGCUGCCAGGCUAUGUGGCUAGCCAGCCAGUGACACCGUCCUUUCCGCCGACAAUUGGCCCGAACUAUGGCAGCUUCUUCGGCACUAGUUUAGGGUCGCACACCGAGUACCACUUUCCGGAUUCCUACCCGGCCGAAUCGUCGGCACGGUCGUCGCCCGUAGCGCCACCGAGGUCAAAGCAGUUCCAGUUUGCGCAGAACGUUACCCCUCAGGACUUCAACGCGGAUAGGCCAUAAAAGGGCCAAGUCCCACCGUUUGAGGUUUUCGAAGCAUCCAUCCCAUAGCGACGGCACAUCAGCGUAUGCUUAACUCGAGAUGCUCUGUACCAAUAGCGGUUCCCUUUUCUCUUACUUUGUUCUCCUUCUUGAUUGGCAUCGUCUGAAGAAUCACAAAAGCUUCUCGUCUUAGAGCCCGUAUCUAAAACAAAACAGGA